AUGUGUGGCCCCCCGCCUCGGCCGUCCUAUGGGGGGCCCCGGUGGGUGGGUGUCCUGGUUGCCGCGCGGAGGAGUAACGUUCCACCUCUUAUCUGUUGCAGAGUGGUCGGGGGGGUCGCGGCGUGUGGGUGGUCGCAGGUGGGUGAGGGCGGGCCGUGGGUGGGUGGAGGUAGCCGCCAGGGUUGGGUGGUAGCGGCGGGAAGUGGCGGGGAGCGGAGGUUCGUAUGUAACGUGUGUGGUCGGAGCUACAAGCGGCGGGACAACUUGAGUCAGCACCAGAGGAACCACACGGGCGAACGUCCCUACGUGUGUCACCGCUGCGGGUCUUCCUUCUCCCAGCGAUGGGCCCUCCACUACCACCGCCUUAGGGGCUGCGUGGCCGCUAACGCGUGGUGGUGGGCGGCUGCGGGUCGGGGAUGUGUUGUGGGGGAGGCGGUGGUGCCGGCCGCCCCGACCUGCCCGCACUGUGGUCGCUCCUUCACGCGCCAAGACUCCCUCAAGCAGCACCUCCGCAUCCACACAGGGGAGCGGCCCUACAAGUGCAGCCUGUGUGGCCAUGCCUUCAAGCACCGCAUGGCCCUGGGCCGCCACAGGAUCAAGUGCCCCUCUCAGCUUCUGGCUGGCCCUCACCCUCCGCAGAGCGUGGCCCCUUACCAACCCAAAAUCUGACUGGCCCCCGCGGCCUCUCCCGGAACACGAGGUCAAGCCACAAGCGUGGGAUUUGUGCUUGGAUAUUUUGGUGCUUUCACUUCUGUUCUUCCUUCCCGGUGUGAGGGCAGCUGUCACCUCUGCGCUGUGCCGCUCCUGUGUUGGGUCAAAGAAAAAUGGGAACCCCGGUCAUGAGCCGUUUUUUUUUUUUUUUCUUUAUUUUUAUUGUCGGCUUUUUUCCCGUUUGUUUUUAUUUCUUUUCUCUGUGUGGGAACACCGGGCCACCUGAGGGGAGUGCGUGGGAGUCAGGAACACGCUCACCCCCUCGCAGUGUUGCCAAACCUUCAUCAUCACUCCAGUGUUUCGUUCGUCUUCCGUUUCCCCAGAUGUCUUUCCUUUUUAAACAUGACGCGCCGCUGUACUUCUGUCGCUAAUGUUCCGUUGACCUGAGAAUUGCUUAUGUCAAGUUGAAUUUAAAUUAUAGAGGAAGUUUGGUUAUUUGUUUACUUGAAAUAAACUUUGAAAUGAU